AUGUCGAGUCAGCCUCUUCUUCAGACUGCGCCUGGCAAGCGCAUUGCCCUCCCCACGCGAGUCGAGCCGAAAGUCUUCUUCGCCAACGAACGAACCUUCCUCUCCUGGCUCAACUUCACCGUCAUCCUCGGCGGCCUCGCCAUUGGCCUCCUGAACUUCGGCGACAAAGUCGGGCAGAUCAGCGCCGGCCUGUUCACCCUCGUUGCCCUCGCCGCCAUGCUGUAUGCGCUCGUCACCUUCCAUUGGCGCGCCAAGAGUAUACGAAUGCGAGGGCAGGGUGGUUUCGACGAUCGAUACGGCCCGACCGUCUUGGCCGUCGCCCUGUUGGCUGCGGUCGUCGUGAACUUUGUGCUGAGGGUUACUGGGGACAAGGCAUGA